GUGUGUCUGUGUGGUGUGUGUGUGUGUGCGUGUGUGUGUGUCUUGUUUUGUCGCUGAAUUAGGAAUGGAGAUGAAAUACAAAGAGUGGAUUUUGGAGACCAUCGACUCUUUGCGUUCCCGCAAAGCCCGACCCGAUGUGGAGCGGAUCUGCCGGAUGAUUGAACGCAGGCACGGGCUCUCGCCGGCAGAGACCCAGCAGCAGCUGGAUAAGCUGGUCAGGGCUGAGCUGGUGGUCAAAGUGGCUUACAAAGGCUCCAACAGCUACCGCAACGCGGCCAAGUGGUACAAGAACAAGCAGCGGAAGAAAGCUGCCGGCGCUGGCCCGGACUUGGAGGGAGGUGGGAAUGGGAUCCUCCAGGCGGUGGAGACUCUCUUGCUGCAGAGACAGAGCCAGAGCCAGAGCCCGAGCCAACAGCAAGAAGGAGAAGCCAGGCACUUGCUCCUCAGUAGUAGCAGCAGCAGCAGCAGCAGCAGCAGCCAGAGAAAUGCCCAGCAAGAGAGAAGUGACCGCAGGGGAGUCAGCCUCCGGGAGAUUGAAAAGUACAUCAGCGGCUCCCAGCAUCUGAGCAGGAAGCUGGGCAAAGCCAGGCUCCAGCUGGCCCUCAAACGGGAGGUACACCGGGGGAGGCUGGUGCAGACGGCGGCCGGUAACUGCUACCUGCUGCCGCCCGAGAGGAGGGACGAUGCCAAACUGCUCGCAGCGGGAGCUGUGUCCGCCAGGGCUGUCCCCGGCCACAAGGGAUAUGCGAGGACUCGGAAAGAGAAAACAAUUGAAGCGAAUGCCUCGUUAAUUAACCCGCCGGCAGCUGCAACCUCUCCAGACAGCGAGUGUAUGGAACCAGAACUGAAAGAAAUUGAAGAAUGGAGAAAUCCAGAUUUGGAGCAGGAUGCCUGUGAGACUGAGUCAGUGGAGCUCGCUUCCAAACAGAACAACUGCAAGAAUAAUAAAGCUUCCGAUUAUACACAUCCUACUGAGUCAUCAGUAUUCUUGAAUUGUGACACGUAUAAGAAGUCUCGUGGCAUGAAUGGUCACACCCAAGAUGUGUCGGGACACCCAACAGAUCAGUGGCUGUAUGGGGAGUGUGUGACAAGCUCCAGGGAAGAAGCUGCAAAAAGGACCUUACUCGUUCGACUUCCCUCUCCUGAUCCCGCGCUGAAAAAUGACACAGCCAAGGAGGAAGCUGAGCAGAGAGCAGCAGUUCCCGAACUGCGAGGUGCCUCGUGCCUCCCCACACCCUCUGCGUCCCCCGUCGAGAUGGAGAGUAUCGAAAGUGGCUCGAAUAAGAGCCCAACAGAAAACAGCAAGCUGCUGGAUCCUGCCGAGUGGACGAUUUUAGAUGUCUUCAAUUACUUUAAGAAAGCUGGCUUUGAAGAUCAGGCUGUGGCUUUUCAGGAACAGGAAAUUGAUGGCAAGUCUUUGCUUCUGAUGAAGAGGAGUGAUGUCCUGACAGGACUGUCAAUCAAGCUGGGCCCAGCACUCAAGAUUUACGAAUACCACGUGAAAGCACUGCAGAUGCGUCAUCUAAAAGGCAGCUCCUCGUAGUGUUAACGGUCGCCUGUGAACUCUCUGCAGGGGAUGCUGUUGAAAUCCACCUACUGUUUUCCCACCGCCACA